UUCUCGCCGGAUGCCAGAGAGGGUUUAAGCCGCGGUUUUUGAGCAGGAACUCUUCCAUGGCGAGCCUCCAUUCCGCCAUACUCUCCGCCCUUCAAUUCCACCAAAGACCCUCCAAUUUAGGACUUCGGAUCGACUCGACAAGAAUCCUAACCUCCACCAUAGCUCCUCCUCGCCUCCUUCAGCCCUUCCCUCUCUCCACCAAAACCCUAGCCUCGGAUCGGCUCGUCCCACAUCUCCCCAAGAUUUUGUGCUCCCGGACACCCCAAAUCCCCCCACUCAGCCGUCGAAAUGCGAACUUCUUGAGAAGGAUCGCUGGCGGAGCCGCCGUCUUGCUUAUCGGCUCGCUUGUCUUCCUCGGGAGACUGGGUACGCGGUCUGCUUUGGCGCUGGAUGGUGCCCAAAGGAGCAAUUUUUCGGCGCCGUUGGAGGAGAAGAUCGAUGCGUCGGGAGAGGAUGAGGUAGAGAUGUACGCCAGGGUGUUGCAGAAGAACCCAAAGGACGUGGAAGCGCUGAAGGUGGUUUUGUAUGGUAAGUUGAAGAAGGGGAAGAGAGAGGAGGCGGUGAGACUCGUGGAGCGGCUGAUCGAGUUGGAGCCGGAUGACGUGGAAUGGAGGCUGUUGCAGGGUCUGUGCUAUGAGUUGAUGGGAAAGCUGGACAAGGCUAAGAGACUUUUCAAGGAUAUAUUGAAGGAGAGGCCUCUCUUGAUUAGAGCUUUGCAUGGUCUUGCCUUAGCCAUGCACAAGAGUCGUGAAAGUGCAACUGCUUUUGAGAUGCUGCAUAAAGCUUUAGAUCUUGCACGUCGUGAGAACAGAGUCACUGACCAGCGGAAUAUAAAGAUCCUGAUUGCACAAAUGCAUGCCAUAGUGGGUGACCUAGAAGGUGCUUCUCAGCAUUUUCAAGAUCUUGUCAAUGAGGAUCCUCGUGACUUUCGACCGUACCUCUGCCAGGGUGUCAUCUACAGUUUAUUAGACAAAACGAAGGAAGCCGACGAACAGUUUGAAAUAUAUCGAAGCCUUCUGCCUGAUGAAUUUCCUCAGAGAAGCUUCAUUGAUGAUGUUAUACUGACAGCAAAAACAGAAGCCAAGCAGCUUGGGAAAGAACUCGAAUCUGAAUAUUCACCCCGAAAAUAACAAAUAUAAAGAAGAUAUAUUAUCCCACAUAUUGUUGGUAACAUCUAGAUUCAUUGCUUUCUUCUGGAAAAUGAAAGGAGAAAAGGAAAAAGAGCAGAGAAAGACUCGUGUAAUUGUGUUUUUGGACAUUGUAGUUGAUUAUAUUUACUGUUUAAGAUUGUGUUGCAUGACACUUGAAGGAUCAAGUUUGUCAACAACAGAUUCAUCGACUAAGAACUCCCAAUGACAUGCUGAAUCUUCUGAGCUUCAA